AUGGAAGUACAUUUGCCACCAGGCACCACCAUUGGCUAUGUGCUGCAGACCUGGCAUCCCUUCCUCCCCAAGUUACCUAUUGAAGAUGCUGAUCGCCAUAUGAUCCUGCGAGUGGUGGGGCCCUGCUGGACCUGUGGCUGUAGCACAGACACCAACUUUGAGGUAAAGACUCUGGAUGAGUCCCGCAGUGUGGGCUGCAUCAGCAAGCAGCUGCUCCAAGAAGCCCUCAUGGAUGCAGAUGGCUUUGGCUUACAGUUCCCGCUGGAUCUGGACGUAAGAGUGAAGGCUGUACUGCUGGGAGCCACAUUCCUCAUUGACUACAUGUUCUUUGAGAAGUGA